UGUUCAGGAAAAUGCCCCCUCCUCAGCAGUGCUUUUCGUUUACACCCAAGCCUGGCUGUUCAAAUCGCUUAUUAGAGGAAUAUCAUGUGCUUUUCUCACCGAACCCGCACACGAGCUACAUGAAGCUACUUACUGGACCCAGGAGGUACUGGUUCGCAUCCAGUAUUGUUGACUGGUGCACAUAUAUAGUAUCGCUAACGACACUUCGAAAGAGUACAAAUAGAGACAGAUAGAUACGUUCGUGUGCAACUAUGAUUGAAAAUAAAGUUGAGAAAAGACAUAGUUAGGAGUUGCGUAAAGUUUUGCUUUUACUUGUUUUCACACCGACAUGGUUUUGUACGAAUAAAUAGAAAGUGCAGCUGAAUGUGUUUUUUCCACCUCGUUGCACUGCUCAUUUCCUGGAUUUGCUUUCAGUCUGAUUUCUAAAGGCGAAUAAAUGUGCGCCGAUACACGGUGCGAUCGCAGCCGAGCCGCCGUCCCGACUGCGGCGGAGGACUGAUGCGGUGCGGCGCCUCGCUGUCACACAGCUCCGAGUGUCCAGAGACGGAGUUUUCUGGAGGAAAAGGCGAGAAGAUAAACACUUAACAAGAACAAAUCGUUGGAAAUAAACACUCAGGCGUCAUGGAUGGCUUGGGAAAUAGCCUCGACGAUGUGUCGGCUGACAGCAGUGUCGAGUCCUCUGACCGCGUGUCCCUCAUGGAGGUGCGUCUGCAGGCGCAGGAGGACGAGAUCACGCUGCUGAAGUCGUCGCUGGCAGACGCCCUGCGCAGGCUUCACGUGCACGAGCAGCAGAUCCCACUUCUGCGGCAGCACAUCAUUGCAGUAAACCCAGCUGCUGCACGGACCCUAAACCACUCCUUCUGCUUGGACGGCUUCUCCAGGACUCGCAAGCUAUCCAGCAACUCAGCCUCGGACAUCCCCCGGCACUCUUCCAGCAGCCAAGUGUCACAUGCCGGUCAGGACGAGGACGGCGAGGUCCCCAAGGUGCACCUCAACGCCUCUGGGCUCGGACUGGGGUUGGUCACCCACGACAGGGCCACCCAAACGGACUGCACUCUGCCGAGCAGUAAGGCGUCCCUGGCCCAGACGGGGGCGCUGCAGAGCCUGUCGCUGGAGGAUGCUCUGCUGGGGGAGGAGGCCCCAAAGGAGGUCCAAGGAGCAUGUGAGGGAGUCCGUGAGUGGAGUGCCGUGGUGGAGGAGCCCAUAAGGCCUAGCUGCAUUGGCUCCCUCGUUCAGGACCCUGCCAGCCAGCAGGAGGCGAUCACAUCCAAGAACGACAGCCCGGAAGGCCAGGGCAAGGCCAGGAUGGACGCUGUUCAGCCACCUGCCUGGGUAGCUGCUGCGGGCUCCUGUCCACCCGGCUCGGCCAAGAAUGCAGCUCCCAGGAGCCAGCCCCUGUCCCCCGUCCAGGAGGGGGACAAACAUCCACCCUGCGUCUCGCCUGUGUCCACGCCCUGCUCAUCUGGCCCCGUCCACAUGGUUCGCAGGAACAGCUCAUCCGACAAGCUGCUCAGGGAGGGUCAGGACAGGCCCAAGCAGAAGCUGGGCAAGAAGGCCGCGUCUUCCACCAACCUGCUGACCCGCUCCCCGAGUCUGGAGAACCGAGCGAAAGAUCUCGUUUCCAGCUCAGGGUCUAGAAGAGGAACCUAUGGUCAGGGUCAUUCCAUAAAGAUGUUCAUUCGCGGGCGGCCCAUCACCAUGUACAUCCCCUCCAAUAUACAGAACUAUGAGGAUCUCCGAAUGGAGCCCCCUGUGGAGAAGCUGCAGCUCGACUGGGUCUAUGGAUACCGUGGGCGGGACUGCAGGGAAAACCUCUACCUGCUGCCGACGGGGGAGGUGCUGUACUUCAUCGCCUGUGUGGUAGUGCUCUACCACAUCCACAAGCAGACGCAGAGGCACUACCUCAAACAUACCGACUGUGUGCGCUGCCUCACCAUCCACCCUGACAAGGUGCGUGUGGCGUCCGGACAGAUGGCCGGAGUGGACAAGGACGGAAAGCCUCUGCAGCCUCUCGUCCACAUCUGGAGCUCCACCACGCUGGUCACCCUGCAGCAGAUCGGUCUGGGCAGCUUUGAAAGAGGAGUGGGCUGUGUUGCCUUCUCCCAUGGCGAUUCGGGAGCCUUCCUGUGUGUAAUAGACGACUCCAACGAGCACACGCUUUCAGUGUGGGACUGCGCCAAAUGGACCAAGCAUGCGGAGAUGAAGACCACCAAUGAGGCCGUGUUUGCGGCGGAGUUCAGCCCUAGUGACAGCGGCAGCAUCGUCACCUGCGGCAAGUCGCACGUCUACUUCUGGACACUGAGCGGCGGGACCCUAAGCAAGAAGCAGGGCAUCUUCGGGGUGAGUGUGUGUGU